AUGGCCAAAAAUGUCGACCAGGAGCCAAGCUUGGUCUCCGAAUGCGCAGUCUGCUGGAACGCUUACGAUAACAUUUUCCGGACCCCGAAACUCCUUCGAUGCGGCCAUUCCUUCUGCAUUGAGUGCCUGGCGCACCUCAGCCUGAUCUCCGCCACCCGGAGCCAGCUGCCUUGCCCUCUCUGCCGCUGCCUGACCAUGUUGCCGGCUAACCAGCAGGUGACCGAACUGGCCACCGACGUCACCAUCUUGCACAAGUUGGGCCUGGAGCCCAACCACAUCAUCCUGGAAGGACGGCAACUGUGUCUGAAGGAGCAGCGGAAGACCAGGUACUUUCUCCGCCAACCCAAGGUCUACACCCUAGACCUGGGCGUGGACCCCGAACUCGGCACCCAGACUUACCCGGAGAGCCCCCAACCGGUGACCGUAGCCAGCACCCCCACCGUCCCUCGGCGUUCCCUUCUCCGAGAGUGCAUCCGGAACCCGCAUCUUCGGAUCUUCACGUACUUGAUGGUCAUUAUCUUAAGCGUGACUUUGCUACUCGUCUUCUCCGUCUUCUGGACGAAAAACUUUUUCCCAGGUUUGGGAUGA